AUGGCAGGGAGUAAAGGGGGGGUCGAGGGUGGCAAGGGAUGUCCGCUAAAGGACAUUGACCCAGGAUCUAACAGAGCCAUCAGUCUCCUGAAGAGAUACCAAGCAGCAGACAAGGGGAUGAUAGGUGCCGCUCCACAAGGGGCAGACGAGGAGCUCGACUCCAUUCUGCAGCGAUCGAUGGAUAAGCCCUCGUCAUCGAGACACACAAGCAUAUCAACUCUGUUACCACUCGAGAGCGUGAAUGGCGACUACGCCAACGGCCGACCGGUGCAGACUACAACGGUGCAACGCCCAGAGCUGAGGGCACUGGCCAAAGAGACGGACAAUUCGAAUGUCAAGAGCUCAAGAUACCGGAGGGGCCUGGAAGCGAACGACUCCGACAAGCGAUCCCUGACCCUGUCUUCCACCAUUUGCCGCUGUUUCAGCUUUGUCCGCCAGACCCUCAAAGAAGCACGGUGA